AGUCUAAGCUGCGCACUGACCCAAACCUCCAGCAGGAAGUUGGAACUUUAAGGUGAACUUGAACCCUGCUGCCACUGUUUGUCUGUUGAUAAUGAAAGAUUGUGUGUGCGUGCACAGGCCUCUGGACCGGUGGGAUGUGUAUUUCCACUAUGUGUGUUAUGGGUGACCAGGACGUGGACCUGCACAGCUGGGGCUGGACUGAUCUCUCCAGUUACUCCCUCCUGCUGUCAGUGUGGGAGGAGCCUCAACAUAUAGACCCCGCCCCUCCUAUCAACAUGCCCCGGGUCAGUCUUCGGCUGGACGAUAGUCUGCUGGACCGCAGCCUGCCACACUGCAGCGCCUCCUUCAGUGCAGGAGGAGCCGACUGGGGGAGCAGCAGGUCUUUGAGGUCUCGUCGUUCUCAGCAGCUCUCAGUCUCCUGCUCUGAGUCCUUCCUUGUUAAUGCUCCGUCUCCUCUCGCUAGCAAAAAGUCCAGGAGCUUGCUGGACAACAGUGUCCACAGUGUGGCAUCGGACGCCUCCCUGCUGUCCUCGCUGCUGGACGAGUCCUCAGUCCAGGAUGUGACACUGGUGGACACAGUCUGGGGUCUAGACCAGGACCUGGAUCCUAAAGAGAGCACCAUCAUCGAGCAGGGCCCCACGGUGGCCAACAGCACUCUCAUAGGGUCACAGGGUCACGGGCCGAGUCACCAGGUCCUGAGCAGGCUUCAGUGUGAAGACUAUCAGCAGGAGUCCCCCAACUCCACCGUUAAACGCGCUGCUGCUGCUUCUUCUACUUCUGCCGUCUCUGCUGCCACCCUGACCAGUUCAGAACCAGAAAUCUUCUACUGUCCAAACCAGAGACGCAGGACGAGGACAGAUGUUCUGCAGCAGUGUGUGGUCAGAGCAGCUGUCUGGAGCCUCUCUGCUCUCACACACACCUGGCAGCUGUGUCGACAGUGUUUUACCACAAACCAACGCACAGCGCCACCUGCGGCCAGCAGGACCAUGAAGACCUCACCCACCAACCUGACAGAGCCUCAGGCUGACGGUUCACAGUGUGAGGACUGUAGGAAGCAGCACUUGGUGACAGAAACAGAGACCAGGCCUUGUACCUCUGUGAGCUCCUCCUGCUGGUCAGUGCUGGUCUUUGUGUUGGUCCUGACAUGGAGAGCAGCUGUUUGUACAGCUUCCUGUUUGUGUCAGCUGACUCUGACAUCAGCUGCAGCUGUUUGGCCUCAGAUAAAGAAAAUCUCUUGUUUCUGGAGCGCCACGUGCUCUGCAGGUAAAAAAGCUGGUGAGGCAUUCAAGUGGCUUGGCGGUCAGUGGCAUCACAUGACAAAGCGUGACUCCUCCCCCCUCCACUCUGGGGUUUCUCUCCACUUCUUGACCGUCCUCCUCCCUCUGCUCCUCCUCAGUCUGGUCUGGUUCAGUCCUGGUCUUCUCCGCUCUGUCUUUGACACGUCAAAUGUCCCAGGUGAAGAGACUCCUGCAGUCUCUGCUGUCCCUGCUCCGUCCACAGCCCUCAGCUUUGUGUCCUCACAACACCAACAUGCAGAGGGCGCUAAGGAGGAGCUACCACCAUCCAGUCCACCAUCAUCAGAGGAGGAGGUGGAGGAGUCCAGAAGUCAAGAACGUUCGUCUCAGGACUCCUUGGAGCAGUGGGUCGGUCUGGAGCAGCGGCUGACAGCCAUGUGGGAGCGGGUGGAGACUGAAGCCAGGUGGGCGGAGCAGAGACACGGAGAGGUUCUACAGCUGUAUGCUGAUCUCCAGCAGCAGUUGACUGUUGCUGGGAACAGCAGAAAGGGGGAGGAGCCUGGGCCGUGGAUUAGUAGGGUCCUGGACCAUCAGCUGACCCAGGUCAAGAGAAAACUGGACCAAGAGAAAGUGGUGGAGCAGAGACGAGCAGCUUCACGUCUUAAUGAGCUGGAGCGCCAACUGCAGACGUUAGCAGUUAACACGGAGCAGCUUCAGAGAUCACACUCUCCUCCGUCACCUGAUCUGGACCCUCCUCCACCUUCCGCUGCUAGUGUCUAUGUGGAGCGUCAGUCCCAUGAUGCUUUGCUAGCAGAGGUAGCAAGGCUGGAGGUGGUUCUGGAGGAUGUCAAGCGAAGUAUUGAGGUUCUGUCAGAGUCCAAAGACAACUGUGGACCACCUGAGGACAUACAGCAAACGGUUUCCACUCAGGUCCGUGAGGAGGUCCGGGCUAUGGUCUACGGCAACCAGCUGAUGACGACAGGUGGCGCUGACUCUGACGCGCUUCCAGAGUCACUUCUUCAGUGGUUGACGCAACGAUACGUUAGCAGUACUGACCUGCAGGAGGCACUAUCGUCUCUGGAGCGUAGCAUUCUGCAGAACAUCAGCCUGAAGCAGCGGCGGCAGCAGGCGCCGUAUCCAGACAUCACUUCGGCAGUGUUAGCAUUUAGCAAUGUUGAGCUAACGGCAGUAGCAUGGAGACUAGAGUUUAGCUUAGUUAACUUCCGAAUAUCUCUUCGUGUCUUUGUCUUUUCAUGUGUGUCUCUCUUCAUCUGUCUUUGUCUCUUCCAGGACGUCCACAUGAUUGUGAAGAAUGCUCUGCGACUGUUCUCUCAGGACCAAACGGGCCUUGCUGACUACGCUCUGGAGUCUGGAGGGGGCAGCAUCGUGAGCACCCGUUGCUCUGAGUCCUACCAGACCAAGGCAGCUCUGCUGAGUCUGUUUGGUAUUCCUCUCUGGUAUUUCUCUCAGUCUCCUCGGACCGUCAUCCAGCCAGAUGUUCAUCCAGGGAACUGUUGGGCAUUCAAAGGCUCCAGGGGUUGUUUGGUGAUCCGCCUCUCCAUGAGGAUCCUUCCCACCGCCUUCUCCCUGGAACACAUUCCCAAAGCACUAGCACCAAGUGGGACGCUGCACAGCGCCCCCCGGGAGUUCAACGUCUUUGGCCUGAAGGACGCGAGUGAGGAAAAAGGGAAAUUGCUGGGAGUUUACACCUACAACCAGGACGGAGACGCUCUGCAGACGUUUGUCGUAACUGAGGAAAAUAACCAAAGUUUCCAAAUUGUGGAGGUCCAGGUUUUGUCCAACUGGGGACAUAAGGACUUCACGUGCAUGUAUCGCUUCAGAGUUCAUGGGACACCACAGGAGGGCACCAACGUCUGAGGACAAAAGUGUUGACCCCCACCUCCCCUCCAGAAGACAUGGCUGCUAACAGACCUCUGGAAUUAAGAAGUGCUUCAGUCGAUCAAUGUUUUGACAGUGACUUGGAAGCUCCGCCUCCUUUUCGUACGAUUUUCUACGAGUCUGUUCAAUGGCGAAAACAACAUGCUGUACAGUUCCUGUUAAUAGAUUUGAUAUAUUUUUUAAUCCACUUUGUCCUGUAUUUGACUUUCUUCUGUUUUUAGCUCAAUUUUCUCCAUCAUAACCACAUCGGUUUACAUAAAAAGGCGUAUUUUCUUUGAAGUUUACCAAAAGUCUUCUCUGUUGAAUCACCAGGUGAGAGUUAGUCAAUGUUUUCUCGUGGACCGCCAGGAUCAUGCCUUCAACUAAUGUUACUAGUCUCUACUCUGAUGGAAGAAGUUUUAUUUAUACAAAAACUGUUUUCUGUAUAUUUGUGUGUUCUUCUUAAUAAAGACAUAAAAUAACUUUUUUUUUUGUUUGUUUUUAUGUCCAGUGUGUUUCUGGUUUUUACCAAAGAAAAGAUUCAAAACAAGAAGAUCUCCUCUGAUUGGUGGAGCUGGUCUGGAUGUGGUCUGGACCUUCAUGGAUCCAGGAGUGGGUUUCCCUGUGGACAGGUCUCAGGGUAAGACGCAGACGACAAUUCACACUCCCAUUCACACCAGUGAUGAGGUUAGAGUGAACAGUAAACCUCAACACUCCCUGACCCCCAACACACACACAAGUCUGUUCCAAACAGCUAAACAAAUGCUAACGUGGACAGAUUUGUGAAGUUCACCUUCGUCUAAAGGUUAGUUAGAAAGGGAAUGACUAGUUACAACGAGGCUAAAUGUAGCUUGCUAAUGUCUUCCGAUUUUACCACAUCGUGAAGGUCAAAGGUCCAGGUGGGAGGUGGUUCUGGAGGACAUUCAGUGGAUCAGAGAACAGAAUAAUCCAAUUCAUACACAUAGGUGGCGCUGUUUGGUCAGAUAUUUUAUUUCAGUGUUAACAUUAGGAAUCACAAGCUCAACAUGAAUGACAGUAGUUUUCUGUUUGAGUGAAAACUCAUCUAAAAACCGAUUGUUUUGAUUUGACUUUUUCAGGUUUUAAACACGGAGAUAAAACGACGUAAAAACAAUAUCCGAUAUUUCUCCUAUAAAAAUAACUUUGACGUGUGUCGCACACUUUAAUACUGUCUCUGCUUCCACGUGUUCACAGCUCUGAUG